GUGUUCAAUCUUCAAACCUUCUUCCUCUGUUUCUUGUCCGAGUCUUCACGCGCCUCACAAAAUUGAAUUUUUCUAUUCUAUUUUAUUCAAUUCAAUUCAAUCCCAUUCCAAUUUGGCCUUUGAUUUAUCAAAGCCGUCUCAAAACCAUUAAUUUCAUUCACCAUCUUGCUCUCUGUAUCUAUUUUCAGUUUCUUUGUAAUUUGUAUCUAUAUUUUGUGAGACAUGCCAAGCUUAACAGUAAAGCUUUACAGUGUAAUCUUCAAGUUCUUAUUCAAACGACGUUUACAAACCCUUUUACAACAAUCCAAAACCCCCGUUAAAAGCUCCUACGGCGUCGUUUCGAGAACCGACGAGCCCAUCGCCGCCGCGAACCCGGUUUUCUCCGACGGAGUUGCGACGAAAGACAUUCACAUCGACCCUCUUACUUCUCUAUCUGUACGAAUAUUUCUCCCUGACACGGCACUGUCUUUGACCGGUAGAAAAGUCAAUGAUUUUCCGGUGGAACAGGCCGGCAGUUAUGGCGGGUAUUUGCCGCCGGCGGACAGGAAUUGUCGGAAGUUGCCGGUGAUUUUGCAGUUUCACGGUGGUGGGUUUGUGAGUGGGAGUAAUGAUUCGGUGGCAAAUGAUUUGUUUUGUAGGCGAAUUGCGAAAAUGUGUGAUGCUAUAGUGGUGGCUGUUGGGUACAGGUUAGCGCCGGAGAAUAGGUUUCCGGCGGCUUUUGAGGAUGGAGUUAAGGUGUUGAAUUGGUUAGGGAAGCAAGCCAAUUUAGCGGAAUGUAGGAAGUUACUUGGGAAGAGUUAUAGUAUUAAUCACAGCUGGGAAAUUGUCGAUAAUUUCGGAGCUUCUAUGGUUGAGCCUUGGCUGGCUUCUCAUGCCGAUCCUUCUAGGUGUGUUCUCCUUGGAGUUAGCUCUGGUGCCAAUAUUGCAAACUAUGUAGCUCGUAAAGCUGUUGAGGCUGGCAAGCUUUUAGAUCCUGUUCGAGUGGUCGCACAAGUUCUCAUGUACCCUUUCUUCAUUGGUAAUAUUCCCACACAUUCUGAGAUUAAAUUAGCAAACUCUUAUGUUUACGACAAAUCAAUGGCUGUUCACGCAUGGAAACUCUUUUUACCGGAAGAAGAGUUUGAUCUUGAUCACCCAGCUGCCAACCCUUUGAUUGUCAUUCCUGAAAGAGGAAUACCUUCGAAGUUCGUACCACCAACAUUAACAGUUGUUGCAGAACAUGACUGGAUGAGAGAUCGAGCCAUCUCUUACUCAGAAGAGCUUCGGAAAAUCAAUGUCGACGCUCCCCUUCUUGAUUAUCAUGAUGCUGUGCAUGAGUUUGCGACACUAGAUGUACUCCUCAAAACACCUCAAGCAGAGGCAUGCGCCGAGGACAUUGCCAUAUGGGUCAAAAAGUAUAUAUCACUGAGAGGUCAUGAGUUCUCGUAUUGAGAUUGUUAAUGGAUACACUAGGUACACUUAAAAGUUGUUAGGAAUUGAAAAGAAAAACAAGUUUUAUAGUGAGUGUCAGCUUGUUACCCUUCAUUGGUGCUGAUGAUAGAUUAAAGAUUUUUCUUGUUCAUAAGUUGAAACAUAGCAGGGCAUGUCACCAUAGAGCGGCAUAAUUCCUCAUGUAUUAGCAGGGUUUCUUCAAUUUAUUCUUUACAUGUAUAUAUGAUAUAAAACAAUUUUCAUCAAAAAAAUUGCUCAAACAUUUUAUAGCAAGACAAUAUUUUAUA